UGGAGAUUUGAGCGUGCUGACAUCAGGAAAAUGCCUCGGGCUGACAAGUCGAGUGUGAGGUGGUUUCGCUUUCAAGAAACGGGAGAAAAGAGCAGAGAAAGUCUCCAAAGGCGCACCAGGUCCUCAGACGCGCAUCACUUCGCCGGAUAGUGGAAGAGGCGCGUAAAAGCGCACGGUUCCUGCGAUCCAGAUGGACACCGGCGCUCCUUCCUUCAACAUGGACGACAGCUGGAUGUCUGAGAACGACAGCUCCCCCCAGCUCUACUCCACCUCCGCCAACGCCUCAGACGUCGCCAACGCCUCAGACGUCCCCACGCCGAUGCCCUUCAACAACGCCACCGCCAUCAUCUACACCAUCGUCUUCAUCGUGGGCUUUGUGGGCAACACGCUGGCCAUCUACGUGAUGGUCCGCUACGCCAAGUUGAAGACAGUGACCAACAUGUACAUCCUCAACUUAGCCGUGGCGGAUGAAAUCUACAUCCUGGGGAUUCCCUUCGUCGGGACCAAUAGCGUGCUUUCCUACUGGCCGUACGGGGAAUUCUUCUGCAAGGUGUACAUGACCAUUGACUCCAUGAGCCAGUUCGCCUCCACGUUUUGCCUGACGCUGAUGAGCAUCGAUCGCUUCCUCGCCGUGGUUUAUCCCAUACGCAGCGCCAAGUGGAGGAAGCCGCAGGUGGCCAAGCUCUUCAGCGGCUUGGUGUGGGUGGUGUCCUUUCUGGUCGUACUGCCGGUCACCAUCUUCUCAAACGUGCAGGACAAGUUCAACACCUGCAACAUGAGCUGGCCGGAGCCGAAAAAUGUGUGGUCCGCUGUCUUCAUCCUCUACACGUCCAUCCUGAGCUUCUUCGGUCCUCUCGUCGUCAUCUGCCUCUGCUACCUGCUCAUUAUCAUCAAGGUGAGGUCGGCAGGUGUACGCGCAGGAGUGACGAAGCGGCGCAAGUCAGAGCGCAAGGUGACGCGCAUGGUGGUGAUCAUCGUGCUGGUGUUUGUGCUCUGCUGGCUGCCCUUCUUUACCGCCAACAUCGUCAACCUGAUCUACACCAUCCCCGAAAGCAUAGACAUGGCUGUGCUCUACUUCACCUUGGUCAUCCUCACCUACGUCAACUCCUGCGCCAACCCCGUCCUCUACGGCUUCCUCUCUGAGAACUUCAAGCAGAGCUUCCAGAAAGCGCUCUGCUGCCACAAACCAAACGCUGUCGUCGCGACGACCACGACUGGAACCAGACAGAACGCCAACAAGAGUGAAAAGCCUGAAGCUGACAGGAACGCCGACAGUGAACCUUUCACUUUAAAACACGUGGCGAAUGGCCAGUGACCCGCCGACCAAACAGAACACGGAGGACUUUUUUUUCGACUUUUCCUGCCCAAGAAACAACAUUCAUGUACAAAUCUCUGCAGUUUUUGUUGUUGUUUUUUUUUUAAUGUCAUUGAACGUUUUAAUUGAUUUCAUUGUCACGAUAUGAAAUAGUCACAAAACUUCAAACUGCUAUAAAUGCUCAGCUUGGUUUUCCAUAUUUGUUUUAGUAUUUCAGUAGGAGAACUCGUUUUCUGGCGUGUUUUUUUUGUGUGUGUGUGUUAAUUUGCAGUCAAAAUGUUGAUCUCACAGCGAAUCGGACUCAUUCGGGUUAAUGACCGACUAGAAUCUGUAAACUAGAAUUAAACUGACUGUGGCUUUCAU